AACCUCAGCAUUCUUCAUUGAACAGUUUUAACGGUCGCUUCAUAGCCCACAAUCGUACUUAUACUUUUCAUAAUCAUGCAUAACGGAAAAGGUUUUGGUAAAAGUGGCUCAUCAAAUGUGGGAAAAUAUGUCCCAGAACGGUUGGAAGAUUUCAAGAUCGACGCAAAUGGAGAAAAAUAUUACUUGGUAAAAUGGUGUGGUUUACCACAAUCAAAAAACUCUUGGGAGCACAGGGAUAAUCUAAGUUGUUACUUCAUGAUGUACAAGAUAGAAAAAAUAAAGACGAUGGAAAAGAUGAUCAAGAAUGAGCCAAUGAUACCUGAACUCCGAACGAGACCAAGGCGUCCAGGAAUUGUCCCAUUUGAGGAGAGGAGCACUGGUUUCGACCGUGGCAGAACACCAGAAAGGGUGAUCGGCGUAUCAGAGGUCAGUGGUCAACUCGAAUUUUUGAUAAAAUGGAAGGGAGUUAUGGAAGCUGAUCUCAUACCUCGUGAGAUUGCCAAUAUAAGAUGUCCACAAAUUGUAAUCAAGUACUAUGAAGAAAACUUGACCUGGGAUUUCUCCGAUAUGAAAAAUUGAAUUCCACCUUAUAUAAAGAGGAAGACAAUUUCCCCGGGAUCAUAUUCGAGAAAUAUUGUGUUAGUAGAUACUCUGUUUGAUGGAUAAAUUUCAAAUAUCUAAUGUAUUUCACCGCUGCUUAUAUUUCUGAAUGUUCAAGAUUAACAAUUCUCAUUGUUCAUUUCUUUAUCGGUGGUGUUACUCAUUUCUUUUUUGUGCAUGAUUCAUUAUAUGUCUGUACUGUUGUGCUAAUCACUGAAAUAACUCGACUCGUGUUGUUUGAAGAAGUUAUCAAUUACUGAUAAAUCAAAUUUAAACAGAGCCAUGAAUUCGAAUUACUACAGGUACGAACUAGAUGGACCUAUUCGAAAGUGUCCAAUAGUUAUUCAAUUAUCUGAAACAAUUCAACAUUUAUUUAAAUUCAAUUUGGAUGAUGAGUAUAUGCAAGUGGCGACAUUUGUUGUGAAAUACAUUAUUACCUUUCAAAACCUGCUUCAAAAGUAUGAACUAUACAAUGAUAACUUCUUCAUUAUGAAGUCAGUAUUUCUUUACGCUAAUGUAUUAAAAAUAUAUUAUUGAAACGAG